AUGGGUGUCCCCAAAUUCUUUCGAUGGCUCAGCGAGCGCUAUCCCUCGAUAUCGCAGUUGAUCGCCGAGAAUCGCAUUCCCGAAUUCGACAAUCUCUACUUUGAUAUGAAUGGAAUUAUCCACAACUGCACACACAGUGAUUCAGACUCGCCGACGCAUCGGAUGUCCGAAGACCAAAUGUUUAUUGCCAUUUUCAACUACAUUGAGCAUUUAUACGGCAAAAUAAAACCUAAAAAGCUCUUCUUCAUGGCCAUCGACGGAGUAGCCCCACGUGCAAAAAUGAACCAGCAACGCGCUCGACGAUUUCGUUCUGCGCUCGAUGCCGAAGUUGCAAAGGAAAAAGCGAUCGCUCAGGGUAUCGAAAUGCCAAAGGAGGACGCAUUUGAUAGCAAUUGUAUCACUCCGGGGACUGAAUUCAUGGCUCGAUUAACCAAGCAGCUAAAAUACUUCAUUAGCAAGAAGAUCUCCGAGGACGUGGAAUGGCAAGGUGUAGAAAUCGUUCUUUCCGGCCAUGAAGUGCCCGGAGAAGGUGAACAUAAAAUCAUGGAAUACAUCCGGCAGGCGAAAGCCCAGCCGGGUUAUGAUCCAAAUGUGCGCCAUUGCUUGUACGGAUUGGAUGCAGAUCUAAUCAUGCUUGGGCUUCUUAGCCACGACCCGUAUUUCUGUCUACUACGUGAAGAGGUCACAUUUGGAAGGCAGGCACAGAAAAAAUCGAAGGAGCUGGAACAUCAAAACUUCUAUCUAUUGCAUCUUUGCAUUGUUAGGGAGUAUCUGGAAUUGGAGUUUCAGGAACUGCAAUUGACCACAAAAUCUGGUUUCGUUUAUGACAUGGAACGAAUCAUUGACGACUUUAUUCUCAUGGCUUUCUUUGUUGGAAACGACUUUUUACCAAAUUUACCACACAUGCACAUCAACGAAGGUGCGCUCGCAUUGAUGUUCACCAAGUACAAGGAGGCGCUUCCCAAGAUGGGAGGUUAUAUCAACGAGUAUGGAAGUAUCAACCUGCAACGACUAGGCAUUCUUCUGGACCAUCUUUCAGAAUUCGAGUUCCGCUUCUUCGAAGCUGAGUAUUCGGAUGCGAAAUGGAUUCGCUCGAAAACUUCGAGCAGCGAGGUAAUGGAGUCAAAUGACAGCCAGAAGUCGUUUACAAUAACACCUUCACAAAAGAAGCUUCUCAAAGAUAUCAAACAGUAUGUUUUGAAUCGACCAUCUAACAUCCAGCACGCGAAACCGCUGGACCUUUCACCGACCCUUCUCGCAAGAGAUCGCAAAUUUGUUGAACAACUCGCAGAUGACCUACGAUUGAUGUGGACGACUAUAACAGAUGACCAUGGCGAACGCUUUAUCAGACUUCAACUGCCAGGUUCCACGAUUGCUACCAAAGCUGAGGGCGACGCUGAGGAGUCCGAGGAGUCCGAGGAUGAAGAAGCUUCCAUGGCGCUUCGACGAGUGAUCAAGCGAUAUGAGAAUGCCAAGGUUCACGAGCAGACCGCUGAAGAAGCUCAGAUGGCUGCCGAACAGAAGUAUGAACAGAAAUUCCAGGAAUGGAAGAACAAAUAUUACAUGGAGAAGUUCGGCCAUGGUCUGGAAGACGAAGCGGCAAUGACAAAGUUAACGGAGAACUACGUGCAAGGCCUACAGUGGGUUUUGUUCUAUUACUAUCGUGGUGUUGUUUCCUGGCCGUGGUAUUUCCAAUACCACUAUGCGCCUAUGAUUUCCGAUGUGAAAAAAGGCCUUGGUGCAAAUAUUGAUUUCAAGCUUGGACAACCUUUCCGCCCAUUCCAACAGCUUAUGGGCGUGUUACCUGACCGCAGCAAAAAGAUCGUUCCCACUGCUUAUUGGGACCUCAUGACAUCCCCCGAGUCACCUAUCAUUGACUUCUAUCCUCGUGACUUUGAGCUCGAUAUGAAUGGCAAGAAAAUGGAAUGGGAGGCUGUCGUUAAAAUUCCCUUUAUAGAUGAGGCUCGUUUACUUCCUGCUAUGGCCACCCGAGAGCAUCUCUUAACCCCGGAAGAGAGAGCAAGAAACGAAUUUGGCGUCACGUUGAAGUUCACCUACUCUCCGUCUAUUGAAUUCACCUACCCUUCAUCGCUUCCUGGAAUCUUCCCGGAUAUUCCUAAUUGCCAUUGUAUCGAGAACAUAUAUGAUCUUCCAACUAUGGAUGGGCUUGAGCAUUAUGUUGGACUUGUUGAUGGUGUUAAGCUCGGUGCAGCAGCUUUGGCAGGAUUUCCUACUCUAAAGACGUUGCCACAUGCCGGGCAACUGGCCUUCCAUGGCGUCAAUGUCUUCCAGCAGGACAGUCGCAAGGAGAGUAUGGUCAUUACAUUACUCGGACCAGAAGCGAGAUCCAACGUUGAGUUGGCCAAGGAGAAGCUUGGACAACGUAUCUAUGUUGGUUAUCCAUUCUUACAGGAAGCCCUUGUCGUUCGAGUGUCGGAUGAAUUGUUUGAUUACAUCUUGCCAGAAGGAGAGCAGCAUGUUGUCUCGAUACCACACUCUCCACCUCAAAUAGAGCAGUGGACUCGAAAGUCAGAUAAAAUUGAGGCUUACUAUAGUAAACGCCUUGGAAUGAUCAUUGGCCCUGUUGAAUCAAUGAUCCAUGUUCAGCUGCUCAGAGGUCUGAGAAAGAACGAUGAUGGUGCGACAGUCAAGGAGUUUGCAGACAUUCCUGGGCAGGAAACAGAUUAUGCUCUGCAGCUUGUCGUUGAUCGGGUUAUCAGUGAGGAUCAAAGGUUCCUCGAGAGAGGGGCGGUGUCUAUUGAAGAAGAGUUUCCUGAGGGUUCGAAGGCGUUCUUCCUCGGAGAGUUUAAUUACGGAGCCCCAGUGCAGGUCACUUCUCAUGAAGAUGGAAAAGUCCAUGGGAUGAUGAUUGCCGUCAAGGGCAAGGAGCCUGAAUUCGGCAAACAACACGUUAAGCAGGCAGAGAAACUCUCGCCCUAUACGCCCUCGUUUGCAAUUGCGAGAAACCUUCGUUUGAACGCUCUCGUCUUGGCAAAAAUUACAUCCUCGUUCUCCGUGACGAUUGAUGGCCAGAGGGCCAAUCUUGGCUUGAAUCUGAAAUUUGAAGCUCGCAAACUCAAAGUUCUAGGCUACUCCCGCCGAGGGGAAAGUGGAUGGGAAUUUAGUAAUAAGGCAAUUGACCUAAUCCAGCAAUAUAUGAUCAAAUUCCCAGAUUUUAUUGCCGGUAUUCAACGCAACCCACAAGGGGACAAAUACGAGCCCACAGACUUCUACCCGGAGGAAAUUGCGAUGGACAAGAUAAAAGAGAUCAAAGCUUGGUUGAAGUCUGUCGAAUCCAAACAUCUGGAGCGGGUCCCUCUUGAUGCUGAACAACUCGAUUCUGAUGUUGUGAAACUCAUUGAGGCUGAUGCAGAUCGCUUAACACAAACGCAGUCAGCGUCUGAAAUCAAGAAAAUAAAAAGUGUUCCUCGACAGGCACUAUUGAAACCAGCUGAUGUUGAACAUCGACUUGGACACCAGCGAUUCUCCCUCGGAGAUCGCGUUGUCUAUGCCCAAGAUUCUGGAAAGGUUCCUCUUGCUACUCGAGGAACCGUUGUUGGUCUGACUCGCACUCCUCGAACAGUGUUUCUUGACGUUGUGUUCGAUGCACCUUUCAUGAGUGGAACCACACUGGGUGACCGCUGCUCUCCGUUCCGAGGGCAAACUGUACCCAUAUCUUCUGUCCUUAACCUGACCGAUCGACAGCUUGUGGCUGGCACACGGGCUGCAACCAAUAAGAAGGCACAAAAGACACCAGCGAAUGUAGGCUAUGGGUCACCACUGGGACCUGGCGGCUUGGGCCAGUUAAGGGAAGCUGCGGCCCCUGCCCCAUUACGAGGAUCAUAUCGUGGUGCCGUCUCUGGGCAGCCAAAUGGGCGGGGCGCCCAUAUCUCACGGGUUGGCCGUGGUGCUGUGAAUGGAACCCCUGCUCAGUCCGGACACCCUCAUGUUAACGCAAAUGGUCUGCAAAAUGGUCAAAACUUCCGCGGGACAAGAGGACGCGGACGUGGUGGCGCUUCUCGUGGACAACAGCAGACUCGAGGAGGCUAUACCUCCGUGGAAAACGGCCAUCAAGAUGAAGGAGUGGUUCAAAACAACCCGAACUUUCGACCAAAAAGCUACAACAACGUGCCGCCCCCAGCUGGCUUGAAUAAUGGAACGGGACGGGGAAGGCCCAAUGGAAAUCGUGGAGGAAACGCCCCUGGUGGUCGAGGUAGAGGUUCGGCCAGAGGAAGGAAACCUGCGCAAGCCGCUGAGUAG